AUGAUCAGCCUGCCUUGCCUGGCCCUCGUCCUGCCUCUUGCCGCCGCAGCAGCCUUCAAAGCUGACAUUCGAGUCGACACCAAUCGGGACGGCAAGGUCGAUUUGCACGGCACGACGGACAUCAACGGCAAGGCCACGUGGUCCGAGACGUCUGGGGCCCUUUUCCUCCCAAAUAUAGGCGACGCCCGCGGACACUGUGCGGGCGACGACUCAUGCCAUGACGCUUCCUCAAACAAGCAAUGGGCACCACAGAACAUGGCCUCGAUGCUCACGGUGCCCAUGGGCCACAUCCGAGACUGGACAACAGCAACCAUCUCUGUACGCGACCCCGUGGCCCGAUCCAAGGUCCGCAUCUUCCUCUAUGAUGCUGCCAAGGACGACCCUUGGGUGUACCUCGAGAAUGACACGAGGAUCCCGGCGGACAGGCUGCGCCGAGGCUUGACUCUAGGCAUCGACGCUCGUGACACCAGACGCCCAGGAGGCUGGGAUGGCAGAGUGUUGGUCAGGUUUCAGGUCCGAAAUUGGCACCACGUCUCGAGCGACUACGUGAUGCUGCGUGUCGCUCCGGUCCUGACACAUCACCACGGUCAACCCAUCGAGAGGCUCUUUGUUUCAAACCAAAAUCAGCACCAUCCUAUAAUCAAGUCGAUGCAUGACAAGAUCCAGAACAGCAUGCAACAGGCGGGCAUCUGGCGGCCACUCGGGCGUUUUGGUGUAAAGUACACGUGGGCUCAGGACGUAAUGGAGCCCGCGUAUGCUAGCAUUCCCGGACCAUCAGGGCCAAUCACCUUGCGAAUCAACGUGAUGGGGAAGCCUGUCAUGAAAGGCUCUACCGAGGCUGUUGGAAGGUUGCUGUGGAAUCUGCGCGGCAAAGGGGUGGGAGCCGUCCGCCCGGCCGAGUUGUCCGACAUGCUCGACCCCAAGACCUUGAGGCUCUCGGCGGGAGGAAACAUUGAGACGAUUCCUCCUUACGAGUUCAACGGAAAGAAUUACCCGGCCGGCAGGCUCGUCAUUGGCGCGGCGGACGGAAUGGCGCCGCCCGUGUUGAGAUUUUUCGAGGCUCAGGAAUCUCAGAAACCGAUCUCUCCAACACGACGUUGCUGCGCGUCGGCCACAUAG